UCUGUACACAAACUCAGCAUCAUCUUCAUUCCUUCACUUUUCUUCUCCUUUGCAGGAAAACCGACUAAAAUAAUUUAAAAACAAAAGAAUUUUUUUUUUUAAAAAUAAAAUUUAUAUUAAGCUUCUGAAUGGUGGAGUCCUCAAUGGUUGGCUUUCUAGUUCCAGCUGUGAAAUCGGAACAACAGCCUCCGUCAACGGCGGACGCGCCGUCACAACCGAUGCUGAUGGCGGCGGAGGAAGAGGCGGAGACGGAGACCAACAAGGAUACCUUGUGUCCGAUAUGCAUGGAGAUUAUAAAGGACGCGUUCUUGACUGCUUGUGGACAUAGUUUCUGUUACAUGUGUAUUUUCACUCAGUUGAGAAACAAAAAUGACUGUCCUUGUUGCGGUUAUUUCUUAACUACCAAACAUAUUUUCCCUAAUUUAUUGCUCAAUAAGUUAUUGAAGAGAACGUCUGCUGCUCAAGUAGCGAAGUCUGUAUCACCAGUUCAACAUCUACAUCAAGCAUUACAACAGGGCUGUGAGGUGUCAGUUAAGGAGGUAGAUGGCCUAUUGGCUUUACUUGAGGAGAAGAAGAGAAAGAUGGAGCAAAAAGAAGCCCAGACCAACAUGCAAAUUCUACAUGAAUUUUUGUAUUUUCUGCGGAAGCAAAAGCUUGAAGAGCUCAAUGAGAUUCAAACUGAUCUUCAGAGCAUUAAGGAGGACAUACAUGCUGUAGAGAAACAUAGAAAGGAAUUACACAUGGCUAGAGAGAGAUGCUUACUAAAACGAAGGACUCUUGAUGAUGUCAGUGCACCAAAACCAGGACCUUUACAGAUCGAUAAAAAUAGCAAAGGCAUUAGCUCUAAGGCCCACAAUGUACAAGGGUGGCUAGUUUCAUCCAAUUCACACAAUUCACAGAAGAAUACUGAUGAGAUGGCUCAAGUAAGCUCUCAAGGUGUCCAAAUUAGGGAUGUUUGCGGUGUGUCUGGUUCACAACAUGUUACUCAACUCGGACUGCCUACUGCAAGAAAAAGGCGAGUCCAAGCUCAGUUCAAUGACUUGCAAGAGUAUUACUUACAAAAACGGCGGCAUUGGGCCAGACAAUCACAUAAACAGGGAGGAAGGGACAAUAGCGCAAUAAAUAAAGAAGGCUAUAAUCCUGCUCUUAAGGAUUUCCAAUCUGUGCUAACUAAUUUUACUCAGUACAGUCGAUUGAGGGUCAUUGCUGAACCAAGGCAGGGGGACCUUUUCCAUGCUGCAAAUAUUGUCUCGAGUAUAGAAUUUGAUCGUGAUAAUGAAUUGUAUGCUACUGCCGGAGUUUCAAGGCGCAUUAAGAUUUUUGAAUUUUCCUCAAUGUUUAAUGAACCAACAGAUGUGCAUUAUCCCAUUACGGAAAUGCCCACUCGAGCUAAACUUAGUUGCUUGAGUUGGAGCAAUUGUACGAAAAAUCACAUUGCGAGCAGUGAUUAUGAGGGGAUAGUAACUGUUUGGGAUGUAAUGACUAGUCAGAGUGUGAUGGAAUAUGAGGAGCAUGAGAAACGGGCUUGGAGUGUUGAUUUUUCAUGUACUGAACCUUCUAUGCUUGUAUCUGGUAGUGAUGACUGCAAGGUUAAAAUCUGGUGCACCAAGCAAGAAGCAAGUGCUUUUAGCAUUGAUAUGAAAGCAAAUAUUUGUUCUGUCAAGUAUAAUCCAGGGUCCAGUAUUCAUUUAGCGGUGGGUUCCGCAGAUCACAAUAUUCACUAUUAUGAUUUGAGAAAUAUUAGCCAGCCACUUUCUGUGUUCAGCGGUCACAAGAAAACUGUUUCAUAUGUGAAAUUUUUAUCUGAAAAUGAACUGGCUUCUGCAUCUACUGACAGCACAUUGCGCUUGUGGGAUGUAAGGGAAAAUUCUCCAAUACGCACUUUUAGAGGCCACACCAAUGACAGGAAUUUUGUGGGUCUCUCAGUAAACAGUGAAUACAUAGCCUGUGGUAGUGAAACAAAUGAAGUGUUUGUGUAUCAUAAGGCGGUCUCCAAACCUGCAGCUUCCUACAGAUUUAGUUCUGAUAUAGAAGAUGCUGAUAACAAUGUGGCACCAUAUUUCAUCAGUGCAAUUUGCUGGAAGAGUGAUAGCCCAACAAUGUUGACUGCAAACAGUAAAGGAACAAUAAAAGUACUUGUACUCGCAGCCUAAACGGUAAAAUCAAAAUCAAAAUCAAUUAAAAUUAGUUUACGAUCAAGAUAGUAAAUUUGUAUAUGCGAUUAAAUGUGAAAUUGGUUGGUUAGGAAAGUUCUCAGGUUCACUUCUCAGUACCGAAUAUUUACUAUGUAUCAACAAUGUAGUUCUCAAGCCUCUAUAUUAUG